GAAAGAACGGCUUGCGUUUCAUCCUUUCAUUGUGUGUCGCGUGUAGUCAGUUUUGAGUCAGAGUCAGAUCAUGGUGGUUCAGUUUCUAAUGGCAGUAUGUGGUGUAGUGUCAUGGAGGUAACAUGGCCGAGGAGACGCGCCUAGUUCGCGUAGAAGAGAGAUUAAAGAUUAAAAUUGGGGAGGCAAAGAAUCUUCAAAGUAGGAGCCAUGGAUCUCCAGGCACAAGAGAUGUGUACUGUGCAUUGUCAUUGGACCAAGAAGAAAUAUUCCGUACUACAACAAUGGCAAGAACACUUAAUCCAUUUUUUGGAGAGGAAUUUCAAUUCGAUGUGCCUAGAAAAUUUCGCUACCUGAGCAUUUACGUCUUCGAUACAGAUCGUCAUUUAAAACAAGAUAAAAUUCUAGGUAAAGUAGCGAUAAAAAGAGAGGAUUUAGCGACUUAUCAUAAUAAAGAACAUUGGUUCCCUUUGAGGCCGGUUGACGCUGAUUCUGAGGUGCAGGGGAAAGUUCAUCUUGAAUUCGCUCUGCUACCUCAAGUUGGAUGUGAUCAACCUAAAUUAUCAGUCAGAAUUAUAGAGUGUAGUGAAUUAACAAUUAAAAAUGGAGGCUGUGAUCCUUUUGCGACAAUUACUGUUAUGUACAAUAAUGGGAAGCAAAUACCAAAGCGCACAAAAGUUAAAAAGAAAACCACAUCUCCUUAUUUCGAUGAAACAUUUAUAUUUGACCAAGAACUGUCAGAAGCGAAGGAAAAGGAUGUUUCUCAUUAUUCAAUAGACAAUUGCGAAGUGGGUGAAGUAGUUAUUGCUUUGUGGCACACAACAUCUGGAAUGGGGGAGCAACCUGCAUUUUUAGGGGAGGUGCGAGUUACCAUAGGAUUUUUGCAAAAAGAAUCUACCAAUUCAACAACCGCAUGGUAUUUCUUACAACCCAGAUCAGCAAAACAUAGACCUAGUAAAAUUUCUAACAAUUCCACACCUCCGGGAACUCUACCAGGACUGGGAUCAUUGCGCUUAAAAAUACAUUACACGGCUGAUCAUGUAUUUUCUUCAGAGAUGUAUGACAAGUUGCGAAGUCUUUUGCUACAAAGUGUUCAUGUCGAACCCAUUACGUCUUCGGCAGUUUAUAUUUUGGGAGAAAUCGUGUCGUGUAAAAUGGAUGCGGCGCAACCUCUUGUUCGCGUUCUAGUUCAUCAUUGCCAAUUAGUUGCAGUCAUGAGAGCUCUUGCUAGCCAUGAGAUAUCCAAACUCACGGAUCCUACUACAAUUUUCCGAGGGAACACAUUAGUGAGCAAAAUGAUGGACGAAGGAAUGCGCCUUGCAGGCUUGCACUACUUGCACAGCACUCUCAGGCCAGCAAUGGAGCAAGUGUUUUCGGAGAAGAAACCAUGUGAAAUUGAUCCAACCAGAAUAAAAGAUGCAAACACUAUUCAAACGAAUCUCUCAAAUCUAAAGGAGUACGUCGAACGAGUUUUUACGGCGAUAACGACUUCUGGAAUAAGAUGUCCACCUUUAAUGUGUGAAAUGUUUGCUUGCUUGAGGGAACUUGCCGCUACUCAUUUUCCAAGAAAUAAAGAAGUGCGCUAUUCUGUUAUUAGUGGAUUCAUUUUCCUAAGAUUUUUCGCUCCAGCAAUUUUGGGUCCUAGAUUAUUUGAUAUUACUAACGAACAAAUUGAUUCACAAACGAAUAGAACUUUAACAUUAAUUUCGAAGACGAUACAGAGUCUUGGGAAUUUAGUAAGUUGUCGAGGCGAAGCAGGAAGUGUUUGUAAAGAGGAAUAUAUGGAGUGUGUCUACAGAGAAUUUUAUACUGAAAGACACAUUCAAGCAGUCAAACAGUUCCUGGAGUUGAUUUCAACUAGUGGAGGUAGCACCAUUAGACAUCGGACGGUGGUUCAUCACGGGCAACCAGUUAUGCUAAAAGAAGGUGAUAAAAGUAUAAUGAUUAAGAGAGCACAAGGUAGAAAACGCUUUGGACGUAAGAAUUUUAAACAAAGAUAUUUUAGACUGACUACCGAAGAUUUAACAUACUCAAAAACAAAAGGCAAAGAACCUUUGUGUAGAAUAUCUUUAGAAGAGAUUUUGGCUGUAGAGAGGUUAAAUGAGAAUUCAUUCAAAAUGAAAAAUAUGUUUCAAAUUGUACAAAGGCAAAGAGCUCUUUAUAUUCAAGCCAGUAAUUGUGUGGAAGAGAAGGAUUGGAUUGAUAUACUCACAAAAAUCUGUCAUACGAAUAGUAAUAGAUUAGAAAGAUAUCAUCCCAGCGCUUACAUCAAUGGUCAUUGGCUAUGUUGUCGAGCUGCAACGGAAGGAGCCCUGGGAUGUAGUCAAGUAUCUCCAGGAUUUGAAGCUGGAUUACGAAUGGUUUUGGAUCCUGACCGUGAUUUGCAAAGAAUUCACUCUCUAAUCUUUGCAAAUAUGACGCGAUUGGAGACGUUGAUGAGUGCAUGUGAAUGUCAAGCUGUUUAUGGGGCCAGUGAAAUGUGUGUGUUACCUAAUGGAGGAUCGCCAAUAGAAGACGUUCCAUCUUGCUUCAAAACUUUGAUUGCACUUAGGGAUGCAACAAUUGCUCUGCAGUGUGAACACAGAUCCUACUUUAGAAAAUUAGCACGAGACACGAAAUACGGAAGCAAACAAGCGCCGAUCGGUGACGACAACUAUCUUCAUUUAGCCGCUAAGGCAGGACUAAAGAAUCAGCUAGUAAAGAGUGGAUACGAAAUUGAUAGUUUCAAUCAUCGAAUAGACUUGGAACACCUGCACGAUGACAGUUUAUCUCCACGGUUUGCAGAAAGAGGACAAGACCAAUCGUACACAGAGUGUUUAAACUCCGAUUUAAUAAAACGUCGGUACGAUAUUGAGAAUAACAUAUUAAAAAGGUACGAAUGCAAUAAGUCAAAUUCUCUAAGGAGUAUUCAGAACGAUCUCAAAAAAUUCGAUUAUAGUUUGAAAAAAUCUUUACGAUCUGAUGGGUCUGAGAGAAGUGAAAACGAAAAUCUCGAGAAUCAUAGGUUAGACCAUUCUAGUAUGUUGUCGACUGAUAGAAUUAACUUAUCCGAUACAUUAUCGAAAAAUUUAAAUAACCAUGAUUGUGCAAAAAAAUUGGAUAAGGAAGUAUUAACAAGACGAAUAAAAGAUGUCUCUUGCAAUUCCGUAAGCGAUAGAAGAGAUCAUUGAGAAUUUCUCUUGCAAUUGUUACACGUAUAUUGUUAGUAAAUUUUUUUCAUUUUAAUCGUAUGGUUUAAAAGGAAAAUUUUAAUUCAGUAUUUAUCUCUGCAAACUAUAAACAUUAAUUUUUAAUAAUGUAUUUUUUUAAAAAUAUAUAUCAUUUUAAUAACAACAAUUUUUAUAAAUUUAAUAUUUUUAUAAUUCAAAAUUUUUAUUUAGAAAUAGUUUUUCUAAAAUUUUUUUGCACAAUUAUUAUUUUUUACGUUAAGAACAUUUGAUAUAUCAACUAACAAAUGUCACAAUAAAUAAACAAAACAGCUUCCUAAGGUCACAUAAAUAAUGUAAUUUAUUUUUUACAAAAAUCAUUUUUCUAAUUGAAAAUUUUCAUAUUUUGAAUAAUUUCAACUUUAUGAUGAGUAACACCUGUUUUUUUAAAUGUUAUGUAACAAUUAAUGUGAAAUAUAAUUUUUAACGCAUUAUAGGCACAGUGAUAACGUAGUAAGUAGUAAAAGUGUAUCGUCCUUAUCCGGCAUUACGUAACUAUGUAUAUUGCACCACUGUUUCAUAAAUUGUAAAAUCUUACUUAUUACUGACAAUCAUAUAAAAUAUAUGUUAUCAUUUUUACGCAACGUUUAGCAACUGUAACAAUUUAAAGUAAGUUUUCUUUUUUUAAAACCAGAUGUUAUUGAAUGUUAAUUAUAUAUCAAUAAUAUGAAUUUUCUAAUUAAUUCUUUGUUAAUAUAUGUAAUGAAAAUAAAUAAUACCAGACUGAUUAAAUAACUCUA